AUGGAUGGAUUUGAGAAGGAGCGAUUAGAGAUCAUCCGCAUGCAAGAGCAAAGGGCCCGAAUGCGCGAGGAGCAGCUCAAUUUAAGACCCGCCACAGAGCAUAAACCAAAAUCGGCAGGCCCGAGUGACGUCCAUCAGUUUAGCCGGAUCCCUCCUCACGUGGACACGAACCCAACGUACGAAAACUGCAGCGGACUGAGCAAGUAUACCAAUCAGUAUUUUGGGAGUAGAGAGUCGGCGAAAUCCAGGGAGUCUGUUGCCCUCUCAGAUCGGACAUCGGGUCCUCUGGUUCGAGGGAACGAGCUGAGAUGGAGCAAGAAGUCAGUCACCUUUGAUGAACAACCCGCAACGGUGUCUGUUUACACUCCGCCUGGUACACCACACGAGAGUCUGUCAGAGGGUGUAAUGACGCAGCGCGACCAUGAGAGCGGUCACAUCGAAAACCAACCGCUCAACCUCCGUCCCCAGCGGAAUCUCCUGGACACCCGUACAACCGAUGAA